AUGGAAGAUGUAAAACAUGGCAAAAGAAGCCCAGAAAGUCCUUGUUCAAAGAACAGCAACAACAAUAAUAACAAAGAACAAGACCGCUUCCUCCCAAUAGCCAAUGUGGGUCGCAUAAUGAAAAAGGUCAUCCCUGGAAACGGAAAAAUAUCAAAAGAUGCAAAAGAGACAGUUCAAGAAUGUGUCUCUGAGUUUAUCAGCUUUGUUACAGGUGAAGCCUCAGAUAAAUGCCAACGAGAAAAGAGAAAAACAAUAAAUGGUGAUGAUAUAAAUUGGGCCAUAACGACAUUAGGGUUUGAGGAAUACGUAGAGCCACUCAAACUCUAUCUUAGCAAGUAUAGACAGGAAGAAAACAAAGGAAACAACAACAACAACAACCUACCUAAACCGCAUCAAUGCAUUGAACAACAUCAACACACUUUGCCAACUUAUAAGAGUCUCUAUUCAACGACAGCCACCAAUAUCAUGUCACAACAACCUUUUGCAUCGGUUGGCGACCAAAAGUUUGGGUUACCAUUUUCUUCAAAUACAAUUCAAACACAAUUGCACCAUCAACAGGAAAACAUUGAUUCCGUUGGGCAGUGGUAA